GAAACCGGAGCCGCCAAGUUUUGCCAAGUCCCAUCUCAACUUUCAGCUCUUCAGCCAGCGGUUCCGUGCGAGCUGCCUCGGCAUUGCUCUGCUGCACGGAGCCUCCGCAUGAAACGCCUUUCUGCUUGCUGGGGUGGGGGGGACAUUUCCAGUCGACCUGACUCUCUGCGUGCACAGGAGGGCGGGAUCUGCCAGGGUGUGCAGGACCUGAUUGCGCCGCGUAGUUAAUCCAGUGGGUGUGGGUGUGGGGUGGAAGGGAGGAACCCCCCCUCCCUCCCUCCCGUCCGACUCCUCGCUGCCAGCAAUCCAUCAGCAAGACGUCAAUGAGAUUCCUCCGGGGAAGCGACCAACACGCGCUGCCCUGACCGAGAAAGAGUAAAGGCACCAGGGGCGCAACAUCAGUCCAGCCUCUCCACGCACUGAGCCCAGCGAUCCUCACAGCACCCUCUCAAUGAGCAGACCUCCAGCCGGCACUGAACCUCUCGGAUAUUUGCAGCAUCGGGGCUGAUCCGCUCUGAAGCAGCGGAGUUUGCCACCAGUCUGGGUGCGCGGUGAAGGAAAUUCACGGUGCUUGCAAGAAAUUCAGGGAUUGAGAAAUUCAGCAUCACCCACUAAAGUGUGCAGGGCAUGGCCGGGCGCGGGCACCUCAGCUCUUUCAGGGAUCUGCAAAGGUGGAGAGGCUUCCAAGUAACUUUCUUCCUGGUGUCCUUAAUGCCUCUGGUGUGCACUUCAUGGGGGACCGGAUUUCAGUACAAGUUCCCAGCGGCUCUGCAAAGCAACAAGGAUCAGCACGGAGUUGUGAGCAAUGGGUUUCUCAGUCGAAGGAACUGGUGUCCUUACACACUUACGAAGACAGUGUCCUGCCAAGUGCAGAAUGGAACCUACGUGCAGAGGGUUUAUCAGAGCUGCAGGUGGCCAUUGGGGUGUCCUGGUGGUAUCAGUUACAGGGCAGUGAUACGACCAACUUACAGACUGACUUACAAAACAGUGACGGCAGUGGAAUGGAAGUGCUGUGCUGGAUUCAGAGGGAGCAGCUGUGAGGAAGAAACUGGAAAUUUCCUGGAAGCUUUGGAUGGCGGUCGUCAGAUAUCUCACAUUCGCAGAUUACAAACAAAGUCAGGAGACCUUUCAAAUUGUUUGAACUGCAGUAAAAUUUCCCAGCUGACAGACCGUUUGGGUACACUGGAGGCUAAGGUUGCAUUACUGGCAGCUGCAGAACCAGUGAGCCCUCUGUUGACAAACUAUGGGCACCUCACAGUUAAAGGAGCACCUGAAGAUACUUUUAAACUCCGGGGAGCUCCAGCAGCUCGAGGAGUGCCUGGAACACGUGGGCCAAAAGGUCCAAAGGGUGAACCAGGUAUUCGUGGUCCAGCUGGGGUUCCAGGAGCACAAGGACCUGUAGGGCCACCAGGUCCACCAGGGCGUCAGGGUCCAACUGGGACAGCAGGAAUUCCUGGUGCCAGAGGCUUACCAGGUCCCCCAGGUCCACCGGGACCUCCAGGGCCUGCAGGACCAUCCCGUGCUGACAUUCCUUAUCCAGGAUCAACUGACCUUGGGUACACAUCGACCAACAAUGCAGGUGAUUCCGUCUUGUCAAAUACCUUCACAGACACAGUUGUAACUGGUGUUCGAGGGCCCCCAGGACCACCUGGACCAACGGGACCUAUGGGUUCACCUGGACCACAAGGACCCAUAGGACCACCUGGGCCUCCUGGUAAAGAUGGAACAACAGGACGAGCAGGUUUACCAGGGCCAGAAGGACCCAAAGGUGAAAAAGGAGACCGAGGCCCUUCUGGAUUUCCUGGAGAAAGAGGUUACAGAGGAGAAACAGGGGAACCGGGAACCAAAGGAGAACCAGGAGAUAAAGGACCACCGGGGGAAGGUAUACACCAAAUCCGGGAAGCUUUGAAGAUUUUAGCAGAGAGGGUAUUAAUCUUGGAGACUAUGAUUGGUAUUCAUGAACCUGAUCAUGGAUCUGGGGUAGAUCCUUAUGCUACUAUACCUCCAAAUUUCUUCAGAGGCAAGCGAGGCAGCUUUGCUGCCUACAAGAUUAUCUCGCACAGGCUUGCACACAAAACUGAAGAGAAAUGAUUAAGGACAAUGUAAACGUCAGCCAAUGUAAACUGUGUGGUGCCUUCCUGAAACAACAGGUGGUAAACUGGGGUAAGCAGAUUACCAAACCACUGGAACUGUUAUAUUUGUCCUAUGUGUAAUACAUCAGCGGACUAACUUGAUUUGCCGCGUCCAACUGUGGGCAUUUUCCUCUAUACAUACUGAAAAUGAUUUACAUUCUAGGCUGCUUUCUUAAUGGGAAUCUCGGAGAUAUGGUAUAGAUAUCAUGCAUUGGUUCACCACAAUUGGCUAUUCUGUGGUUUUUCUUAAUGAACACAGCCUCUGGUGAAUAUUACAUAAGGCAGCCACUGGUGUUUCCUCUCCUAUGUUUUGUGAAAAUGUUUACUUUGCCUUUAACUUUCUAUCAUAAGUAGAUUAAUGUUUCUAAGUUUCUGUAUAAUCAUACUAUUGCCAUCAGUUUACAUUAUGUACUUCAAUCAUAGUUUAACUACAUGAAAAAAUUAUUAUUUUUUAAUGAGACACUGUUCCUUGGUCAUCAUCCAUCUUGUUAUCUCCAAAAAGGCACAACUGCUGAUUCAAUGCAGAAUUAUUCAAUCUUUUUUAUAUUCAAAUUGAAAUAGAAUUGCCCACCGAUCUCUGUGUGCUCAGGGUAUUCUGACUUUUAUUUUUGAUGUUAAAAUGGGUUUGCCAAUAAUGAUUCCAUAAUUGGGAUGUAAACUAUUUUAGAUCAAAGAUAAGGAACAAUUGCAGAGAUUCAUAUUAAUUUUCCCUCUUUCAAAAGUGUUUUCAUAAGACCGAGAUUUGUUACUUUCCUAAUAGUGUAAUUACAUUGUAUGAUUUGGUUUCGGGGUCCACCCCCUCCCAGCCCUACACCCCCUCAUUAUUUGAAAGUUACCAUGAAGAUGCAUUUUAAUAAUUUUUUUUUACAACUGGAAUGAACACUUGGGAGAAAUUUAACAAAUUGGAUCUUGUCUCUUUAAGUUAUAUUAAAACUGUUUUGUUAAUAUCCUGUUACAUCAGGGCAGUAAGGGAUGGUAAAGGAAUAUUUUUAAAAUUGAGCUGUUGCAUUUGUUUUCCCUUGAUCAAAAUAAAUAAAAUUUAGAAUAUUAAAAUGAUCCAUGCCUUAUUCAUCACGAGAGACACUGCCUUUUCCUCUCACAUCUGAAUUUCAGAUCUCUCACAUUUCAGCAAUUCCUCAAACAUUUUCAUCUUAUUAGUUGUGUAUUUUUAGUUCUAACAGACAUGUUAAAAUAGCCAAUCAGCAAAAAAACAUAUGGAUACUUACACAUCCAAUCAAUAUACACCAGAAAAAUGAGGACUGCUACUUAAAAUUUACUUCAAAAUAAAAAGGACAAUUCACCACCUAGGCAUGAAAACAUACUAUAAGGAUUUAUCAACAGAUAUCUCUGAAUUUGUACUUGAAGGUAGCAUUUCGAUUAUGGUCAUUUAAAUGUGUCUUACUGGUGCUAAGUGUGCAGUGUUAAUUUUGUAAUUAAGGCAACAUGUGAUUCUGAUUUGGUUUGUAUUGUUUAUCCACGGAUUUUGUAUCUUGACUAUGGGCUUUUAAUGCAGGUUGCUCGCGAAAGUAUUCACUUACUCACUAUAUGUACAAUGUGCAACUUGUGGUGCCACUCUGUUUUCAUGAUGCAGUCUUUAAGGGCGUACUUACUUCCAUGUACAGAGCACUGUUUUAUACCACCUAUGAGAAGUGUGUCAAAAAUAUUCAUUAAAAGGUAAAUUAAGUAAGUCUUUUGACCUUUUUUAUUAUGUUGUAUUUUUGGAUUAUGUUUGAAGUACUUUCCUGCUGUUAAACAAGAUUAAUAUUAAGUCACUUGUAUGACCCAUGGUUACAUAUUAAUCAAUUAUCUCUUGCCACUGCACUGCAGUUAGCCCCCUUAAGCAUGCCUGCCCACUGUGUUCUGCCCAAUGCAGAUACGAAAUCAGGACUCGCUUGCAAGAUUCUUUAGCCAAACGAAAAGCAACUGGGAAAGUUUCGAAUUGUCUUCCUCAAUUGUGUCUGAGGUUUGUACCCUCCAGGUGGAAUGCAACAAAAAUUGAAAAGUCCCAUUACCCCUUCACCAUGGUUAGAAGGAACUGAAUAAAUUUCCCCUUGAACUUCAAUCCUGUAUUCAGAGCCCAUUCACUGCUUGCUGGAUUGUCUGGAAUGGGACUUGAACCAGUCAAGAGUAACCUACUAACAUAUUUCAGGACCAUUAUCUCAAGUUUGGUUCAUUGUCUUCACCUUCUGACUCAGUUAUCAGCACCAGAUAUCUAAAAUUGGGUUCAAAUACCUAAGUAGCAUUGUUACAAAACAGUAAGUUAGAGUGUACAGCAGCAUGUUUUUUGAAGCCCACAUUAUUUGUAUGAAUAUCUUAUUUGUAUUAUAAAUUUCUGAUAGCUUUUAUUUCCCCUAGGUACUUUUUUUUGCAUGAAAUGGUAUCAAAUUCUCCUUUUGGAACCACAACACUUUAACCAGAUGGAGGCAGAAACAAGCCACUGGAGGAGCUCAGUGGGUCGGGUAGUGGCUGUGGAGGCAAAGGGAUAGUCGAUGUUUCAGGUUGAGACCCUGAAUCAGUUGACUAUCCCUUUGCCUCCAUGGAUGCUGCUUGACUCACUGAGUUCCUCUAGCAUCUCAAUUUUUGCUCCAGAUCCCAGCAAUCUGCAAUCUCCUCUGUCUCCUUUUUAAUGUCCAUUUGGCUCCAAGGUGGCAUAGUAAGUCAACCUUUUGUGGAAAGUUAUGUGCUUUGUGGGUCGCUAGUAGAAUCAUCACCUCACUGUGGCAGAGACCCUAGUUCAAUCCUGACCUUGGGUGAUGUCUGUGUGGAGUUUGCAUGUUCUCCCUGUGACCACAUGGGUUUCCUCCUGGUACUCUAGCUUCCAACCAAAGAAGUGUGGGUUAGUAGGUUAAUUGGGCACUGUAAAUUGCCCCUAGUGUGUAGGCGAGUGGUGGAAUCUGUGGAGGGUUGAUGGAAAUAUAGGGAGCAUUAAAAAAAAUGGGAUUAAUGUAAAUUGGUGGUUGAUUGUCAGCAUGGAUUUAGUGGGCUGAAGGGCCUGUUCUAUACUGUAUCUAUAAAUGAUCUAUUUAAUCUGAAACAAAGACCAGGCUUAUCUGAUUUAGUGAAAGUUGCUUUGAUGAUAGACACAAGCCCUGGCCCAUAAAAAGAGAUUUGAAGGAGUAGAUCUGUCAACAGGAGCUUCCAUUCUGCUCCAGCUAACACCAAACUGCUGAUUGACUUAAUGGAUCCAAAGGAACAGC